ACAACAUUGAACUACUUCCACUCAUCACAGCACAACCUUCACCACGCCCCGAUCGUCCAUUUCCCGCUCACAGUCAGCACCAUGGCUUCUCUCAUGACGCUCCCACGGGAGUUGCGCGACCAAAUAUGCAAGGAAGUUAUACUUUCUCCCUUGACGGAACCGCCCGAGUUGGGGCUAUCAUUCGACGCCAUAUUGGACGGGCGGAGAAGCUACCAAGAACCUAAAACAGCCGCUUGGUCAUCUCCUUAUGCAGUCAGAUAUCAACCCUCUGCCAUAGUCGCUUCGGUAACGCCGCUGCUGCUCGUCAACCACCAACUGUAUGCGGAGACCAUGGACAACCUCAGGACCAUGCCUCAAACCCGAACAUGCGACUUGGAUCUGAUUGUUCUAGAUGAAAUGUUUCUUUGCCCCACAUGGAUACGAGUUCCAGUUCUUACAAAUAACGUCGAUCGAGUCAAUGUCAAGUUUCGCAUCGCCGGUUUUCUCCAUCAAGACCAUUCGGGGCACGAAGAACGCGAGAUCUCCAGAUAUUCCGGAUUCAGAGGGGGAUUUGACGCUGUGCCUACAGUGAUGGCGUGGCAGAUCUACGAUGUUCUUGAUCGCUUCCUCACCGUCGGACCGGUAGGAGCGCGCACAAACGCUGAGGCGGAUCGAAGCGUCGUCCUCAAAACUCUCGACAUAGAUAUUCAGACUCCGCCAAACGUCGAGGAAGAACGGUUUAGUGAGCCCGGAUGGGGCCAAGAAGAAGUCCCCGGAUUCUAUGUCCUGGAUCCCAACUAUCUUGCUCGCUUUGUCUAUACGCAGGUGGAAGGUAUGAUGGGCAUGCACGCUGACUCUCCGGAUUGCGGCAAGAUAUUCUACGAGUUCAUGAACGAGGUUGUUGUGAGCAAGGAUGGACAAGUGGUCGGGGUGUUUGAUGUGGCUUCUUACUUGCAGGGACUCGAAUACUCGGUCGGCCUCAGCAUAUCUACGCCAAGUGGAAAGACGAAGGCAGUAUUUGACGAGUGGAAGAAGAACACUAUCAAGAAGCGACGAGAGCGGGGUCUCAAGGUCCUGGCUGAGGCUUGAUAAUCUGGGUUUCCUUCUCGUUUCCUUUGGUGCUGCAAGAGCAUGUGUCGUCUUGCUUCGGCCGGUACUACUC